AUGGAGAUUAAUGGGAUAUAUAGCCAAUCAUUUGAUGAGCAAGUGCCUAAUGGGUCUCAUAGUACGGGAUCUGGAAGCGCAACUCAAGAUCCAGAGCUCACUAGACCAAAUAGCGCUGAUAGCUCCCAACAUUACCACGCUCCUUCAAAUCAAAGUUCAAGUGCUUCACUGUCAAUAGAAGAACGACUCAAGCGCGUUAGAGCCGCUGAACAACUUAAACAGCAGCAACGUUACGCAGCCUACGUAGAAGCCCAACAACAAGCCGAAAUGGCACGUAUGCGCCAACAAGAGGAAAGAAAGCGCAGAAUUGAAGAAAUGCGACAAAAGGAACAAAUGCGCCGACUUAGUGCACUAGAACGACGUGCAGCCUUGGAAUUAUCUAAUCAAGCACGGAUAGAACGACUUCGAGAACGGUCGGCUAACCGUUCAGGAAACAAUACAUUUCGCCGCCAGUUUGCAGAACAUGAUCACUCUGGCCGUACUGCAAGUGCUUCUCCUUCUUUGGGAACCUCGCGAAAUCCAAGCACUCUUAUGACAACUUCGUGUGUGGUCGCCUUUGGAAGCAGCGCUCCGCGCUCUAUAUGUACGCAACCAAGUGCAGCAGCUUUACGUUUGAAACAGGCUUUUGAAGCGCGAUUAGCUAGCUACCUUACCGGUCGACAUAGUGGGUGCUUUUUUACAGCAGCUGCAGCACCUUAUUAUUCGUGCUUUAUAGAUACAUCACAUGGACCUCGGCCUCAAAUCUCUGUGUAUAAAUCGAGGCCCUGUAAUCGAGGUGUAACGCAGUCUAGGCGAGCUGCUUCAGCUCAUGCCUCUGUUUUGCGUCAUACUAAGUCUUCAUUCACUCGGGUUACUCAUGCUCGACGUCAACAAAAUUCUCUUACUAACAAAGACACUGUUUUCAAAAAUGGUCAACCUAUCAGCACUAAAGUCUUGAAAUCCCCAAACACUACCACAGUUCCUGAUGGGCACAAUGUCGAGAGUAAUCGAACCAGUGAAGUAAUUUCAAGUCGAUCUAAUUCAUCCAACGAAUGUGAUAAAAUUGGGCGUCUUAAUCAUCAUCCCAAAGUGCCAAAACAUAUUACUGCACCCGCAAAUACAUCGAAAACGAAAGAACAUACAGCUAAGUUGGAAAAUAUGGUCCCACCUUCAGAUUCCACUAGUUCUACACGUUCCAACUCUAUUGAGAGACGAUCUAGACAACCAACUAUUUCUGUAUUCGAACGUUUAACAAUGUCUCGUUCUGUCACUACUUCUGGAAACGUUACGACAAAUAAAGCAAGACCUGUCCAUUCGUCUGCUAGUACUGUGCAUGUGGCAAAAAGACCCGAAUCUAUUCGAGAAUCCAAACGUAAUGGUAACUCUGUCGUGCCACCUGUGAUGUCUAAAUCCGUUUCUGGUGAUGCGCUACAUCUGCGCCACCAGAAGAAACCAGUGCUCCCCUCGAAACCCCUCUCACCGCCCUCUUAUCCAACCAGAAUCCAGGAGCCAGAAACAGCUAUUUCCAGUCUUCCUCCGUUACCUCAGUCUUCAUCUGAGUCAGAAAGUGUUACUCAAGUAGCUGAAGAUAUCUCUAUUACAAAAGUGCCUUGCAUCGACUCUACUCCAUCUCCUUCAUCUCAAGUUAAUGAUGUAAAGAAUGAAACUUCGUCCACUGUUGCACAAAUAGGUCCAAUUAAGGCUGAGACACGUGGUUCAGGUGAAGGUGCCAUUUUAUCUGAAAAUGAAGCAGCAAUUUAUCGUGCAAAACUUUUUAAACAACGUCGCUUAGCAAAAGAGCGAAUGGAAGAAGAAAAAAGACGAUUGGAAGAGGAGAGUCGUAAUCGACGAAUCCAACAAGAGCAAGCUGGUUUAGCUGCCGAAGCUGAGGAAGCUCGUUUAAAAGAAGAACAGGACGCUCGUUUGGCUGAAGAAGCUCGUUUAAGGGAGGAGCAAGCUCUUCAUGAGGCUGAAGAAGCUCAACGUGCAAAAGAAGCGGAAGAAGCCGCUAGGCUUCAAGCAGAAGAAGCAGAGCGCCUUGCAAAAUUGCAACGUAGUGAAGAAGAAAGAGUUUUACGCAAGAAAAAGUUGGACAGUAUUAUGUCUCGUGUCAAAAGACCAAUGAAGUUAACAUCUGAGGCAACUAGUGAAUCUGGGUCUACAACCAAUCUUCAAUCAACGGAUACCACACAGUCAUCUUUAGUGCCUGAUACUACUUGUGCUUCGCCUGAUAGAAUCGUUAACCAAGAACCAACUAUAGGUGUUGAAGCACCUAAGGUGGGGAUCAAUCCAUCAGAGAUUUAUGAAACUUCUAAUGGCAGAGUCAUUUUUACUGUUGACGGUGGAAGGGUGAAUGAAUCUUCGUCUUCACUUAAUGACGAAUCUGUCAACCAGUCAUCUUUUUCACACACAAUUACUGAAAACGAUUUGAAAAAUAAUGUAAAUAACACUUUUGAAGAUCUCGUCUCCAGUACUACUAUUACUACUACUACCAUCAAUGGAAAGUCGAACAAUAAUAACAAUGCACCAUUAAGUAAUGUGACUGAUGCAGAAGCAACAACACAAGUGACAAGCAAUUCAGAUUUGACAAUGAUAAGGAAUAGUUCAAGUGCUAGUCAUAGAACACCACAAUUCAAAUCUGCGUUAUUGCAAUCUAUGCUAGGCGCAGGUCGUUUGUCUGCACAUGCUAAAGAUGCUGUUGCUGGAUUAAGACGUAAUUCUUCUCAAAUACAAAAUGAUCAAAGUACAAAUGAUAAUUGGCCUCAACAUCAUGAACAUAGUGAUUCUACUGUGUCUAGUUUCUAUUCAGUUAAUAGUACACUUAUUCAGGACUCUGGUGAUUCUGUAAAUAUAAACAAUAAUUCUUCAAUUAUGCAUUCUGUGCCGGACACAUCUAGGCAUUAUCAGCAUGAUCUACCUCACCUUAAUGGAUCAAAUGUUAUGCAGAAGUCUGGUAAUCCUGUAUAUUUGUGGUCGGAAGAUCCUGAUCAUGAAGUUUCCAAACCCGAUUCAUUGUCUUCUGUUCCUCUCGAUACAUCAACUCAUUGA